AUGACCAGGUCCUCUAAGGACAUACCAAUUGACCUAGACCUUGAAAUAGAAAGGACCCUUAGGAAGCAAAGGAAGGCUAGAGAGUUAGAGCUUCGGAUACCUGAGAAUCCUCCUGCCUCUUCUGCCACUGCUAUUCCUUCUGUUUCUAUACCUACCCCUGACUUCAGCACAAUGGCAGGUAAUGGGAAUGAACACAAUAGGAAUGGAAAUAAUGUAAAUCAUGGUCAUUUGGAUGGUAGAACCAUUAGAGAAUUGGCUGCCCCUGAUGUGCACUACCAGUCUUUAUGUAUUCAAUAUCCCCAAUUGGAUGCAACCUUUGAAUUGAAAUCUGGGCUAAUCCAUUUGCUUCCCAAGUUUCAUGGCCUUGCAGGUGAAGAUCCGCACAAGCACCUCAAAGAAUUCCAUGUUGUCUGCUCCACAAUGAGGCCACAAGGAGUUGAUGAGGAGCAGAUCAAACUUAGGGCCUUCCCAUUUUCAUUGGAUGGAGCUGCAAAGGAUUGGUUAUACUACCUACCACCUGCUGCCAUCACAAGUUGGGAUGGGCUAAAAAGGAUCUUUUUGGAGAAGUUCUUUCCAGCAUCCCGAACAGCCGCCAUUCGGAAAGAAAUUUGUGGCAUAAGGCAGAAUCAUGGGGAGACAUUACAUGAAUAUUGGGAGCGAUUCAAGAAACUCUGUUCUAGUUGUCCACACCAUCAAAUCAGUGACCAGCUGCUGGUCCAAUACUUCUAUGAAGGUCUUAUUCCAAUGGAUAGGUAUUUGGUGGAUGCAGCUAGUGGAGGAGCCCUCUCUGAAAAGACACCAACAGCUGCUCAAGAGCUAAUCUCCAAGAUGGCACAGAAUGCCCAACAAUUUGGUACCAGGUCAGCCACUCCCAUGAGACAAGCCAAUGAGAUUGGUGUUGCUGCCAUCAAUGACCAACAGAGAAUAGAGAACAAACUGGAGGAAUUGGCCUCCAUGGUCAGACAGCUAGCCCUUGAUAAAGGACAGUCCAAAUCUCAGCAGGUAUGUGGUAUUUGCUCAUUAUCCUCCCAUGGUACUGACCAAUGUCCUCAACUGCAGGAGAAUACAGAAGCUUGUGCUGGCAUUUUUCCAAGAAGACCCUUCCAACCACAGCAUCAUCAGCAACAAAGAUAUGAUCCAUAUGCUGCCACCUAUAAUCCAGGGUGGAGAGAUCAUCCGAAUUUGAGGUAUGGAGGUCCUUCCAACCAGCCAUUCCAGCCACAGCAACAGCAACCUCAGCAGCACAGAUUCAAUGCACAAAGACCAAGUCAAUCAAUGCAGCAACCCCAACCAGCUCCUAAAUCCGAAUCAAGCUUGGAAGAUAUCAUGAAGCAGCUCGUUGCCAACAAUCUUCAGUUUCAGCAAAGGACCGACACUGCCAUACAAAAUUUGGAGACACAGAUUGGACAGCUGGCAACCAACAUCAGUGAGCUACGGAGUCAAGGUUCGGGUCAGUUGCCUUCACAACCAGUUUCAAAUCCAAGGGGCAAUGUAAGUGCUAUCGUUCUCCGCAGUGGCAAAGAGUUAAGCAGCCCACCCUCUCCACAACCAGAACUUGGGCAGCAACAAGAAAGCCAAAGGGAAGAUCAACCUCCUCCCAUUCAAAAGGACAAGCAGCCCACCACUAUUGAUCAAGAUAGAGGAGAGACUUCUUACAACCAUCCACUGCCAUUUCCUCACCGAGCCACUCAAAAUAAAAAGAGGGCAGAAGCUGAGUUGGACAAGGAGAUCAUGGAAACUUUCAAAAAAGUUGAGGUGAACAUACCACUCUUGGAGGCCAUCAGACAGAUUCCCAAGUAUGCCAAGUUUCUCAAAGACUUGUGCACCCACAAAAGGAAACUGAAAGGAAAUGAAAAAAUCAACUUGGGAAGAAAUGUGUCAGCAUUGAUUCAACCUGCCAUGCCUCAGAAAUGCAAAGAUCCAGGGACUUUCACCAUUCCUUGCACUAUUGGAAAUUUGCAAUUUCAUAAUGCUAUGUUGGAUUUAGGAGCCUCUAUUAAUGUGAUGCCUAAAUCUGUCUAUUCUUCUUUGCAGGCAGGUGCAGGCACAUUGACAUCUACAGGAGUGGUGGUCCAGUUGGCAAAUAGGAGCACAGCAUACCCUGAGGGAGUAUUAGAGGAUGUAUUAGUAAAGGUAAAGGAUUUCAUAUUCCCUGCUGACUUCUAUGUUUUGAAUAUGGAGGAUGAUCGCACACCCGGACACGCACCACUCAUUCUAGGUAGACCCUUCUUGAAAACUGCAAGGACAAUAAUUAAUGUGCAUGAGGGUACUUUAUCUAUGGAGUUCGCUGGUAACACAAUUCAAUUCAAUAUCAUUGAUGCCAUGAAGUAUCCCUUAGAAGAUCAUUCUGCCUUGCAUGUUAACUUUAUUGACUUAAUGGUGGAGAAAGCAUGUGUUGAGUUGUAUAGUCUUGAGUCUGAAUUCCCCACCAUCCAUGAUUUUACUGAUGAUAUGCAUUGCCCUCAGUCUCAUGACAGACUCAGUAAGUGUAAUGCUUGUUCUGAAAUAGAUAAGUUUUUGAGUAUUGUUGAUAGUGCACCUUCUCAUACUAUAUCCGAUUCUCAUGUGCCUCCCAUAGAGGAAGUUUCUGUUGUUGAGAAUGUAGUGCAGGUAGGUGGCAACAUAAGCAGACUGGUGCCUUCAAUUCAACAGCCACCCACCUUGGAGUGUAAGCCCCUGCCCGAGAAUCUGAAGUACGCCUACUUGGCGGAUGGAGACAAGCUACCCGUGAUCAUCGCCGACAACCUUCAGCCUGAGCAAGAGGAGAAGUUGCUGAAUCUAUUGAAGCAACAUAAGAGAGCCAUAGGUUGGUCACUUGCAGACAUUCCCAGUAUAUCCCCUUCCUUAUGCAUGCACAGGAUUCAUUUAGAGGAAGGAGCUCGACUAAAAGAGGUAAGUAAACUACUUUCAGCUGGCAUUAUUUAUCCUAUCUCUGACAGCCAGUGGGUGAGUCCAGUGCAGGUAGUUCCGAAGAAGACAGGAUUCACAGUGGUAGCCAAUGAGAGGAAUGAGCUAGUGCCCAUGCGAGUGCAGAACAGCUGGAGAGUCUGCAUUGACUAUAGGAGGCUCAACCAAGCUACCAGGAAGGAUCAUUUCCCACUCCCAUUCAUUGAUCAGAUGCUAGAGAGGUUAGCUGGAAAGUCCCAUUACUGCUUCCUUGAUGGUUUCUCUGGUUAUUUUCAGAUUUGCAUAGCACCGGAGGAUCAGGAGAAGACCACCUUCACCUGCCCCUUUGGCACUUUUGCAUACCGGAGGAUGCCAUUUGGUCUAUGUAAUGCCCCAGGUACGUUCCAGCGAUGCAUGGUGAGUAUAUUUUCAGAUUUACUUGAGCAUUGCAUGGAAGUUUUCAUGGAUGAUUUUUCCGUCUAUGGGACCUCCUUUGAUGAGUGUCUGAUCAGUUUGGGUAGAGUCCUAGAGAGAUGUGUUGAGAAGAAUCUUGUCCUAAAUUUUGAAAAAUGUCAUUUCAUGGUUGAGCAGGGGAUUGUUUUGGGUCAUGUUGUGUCCAAGAGGGGUAUAGAGGUUGAUAAGUCCAAGGUCGAUAUCAUUUCUUCUUUGCCUUACCCCGCGUCUGUGCGGGAGGUACGUUCUUUCCUUGGACAUGCAGGAUUCUACAGGAGAUUCAUCCAAGACUUCAGCAAGAUUGCCCUUCCAAUGUCCAACCUGCUUCAGAAGGAUGUGGAAUUCAAAUUUGAUGAGUCUUGCAAGAUGGCCUUUGAGGAGCUCAAGAGGCGCUUGACUUCUCCACCCAUCAUCCAGCCACCCAACUGGGACUUGCCAUUCGAGCUCAUGUGUGAUGCUUCCAAUUAUGCAGUUGGUGCCGUCCUUUCACAACGAGUGGAGAAGAAGUCACACGUCAUUGCUUAUGCCUCGCGCACUCUGGACAACGCCCAAGCAAACUACACCACUACUGAAAAGGAGCUUCUUGCCAUUGUGUUUGCUUUAGAUAAAUUUCGCUCUUAUCUCCUGGGUUCUAAUGUUGUCGUGUUUUCUGACCAUGCAGCUUUGAAAUAUCUCUUGAAGAAGCACGAUGCCAAACCCAGGUUGAUACGGUGGAUGCUCCUGCUUCAAGAGUUCAAUGUUGAGAUCAAAGAUAAGAGUGGAGCUGAGAAUCUUGUGGCUGAUCAUUUGAGCAGGCUUCCUUCCUCUUCAGAUGCCACUACCAUGGACUGUCAGCCUAUCAGAGAUGACUUCCCAGAUGAGUUACUCUAUCACUUGCAUGGUACUGAGCCCUGGUAUGCUGACAUUGUUAAUUUUCUAGCUGCAUCUGAUAUCCCUGCCCAUCUUAAGAGAGAUCAGCUAAGUAAAUUUAAAAGUCAGGCCAAGUACUAUGUAUGGGAUGAUCCAUAUCUAUGGCGCAUGUGUAGUGACCAAGUCCUUAGGAGAUGUGUGCCCGAUAUUGAGUUUUCUUCAGUCUUGCAUUUCUGUCAUUCACUUGCAUGUGGUGGUCACUUUAGUCCUCAACGCACAGCUAGAAAGGUCCUAGACUCAGGUUUAUAUUGGCCAUCCCUUUUUCGAGAUGCUCAUACAUUUUGUAAGAAUUGCACACGUUGCCAGCACACAGGAUCAAUAUCACGUAGGAAUGAAAUGCCUCAGCAACCCUUACUAUUUUGCGAGAUCUUUGAUGUUUGGGGCAUUGAUUUCAUGGGUCCUUUUCCUGUCUCCUUUGGUUUUGUAUACAUUCUUUUGGCUGUGGAUUAUGUUUCGAAAUGGGUGGAAGCUAGAGCCACCAGGACUGAUGAUUCUUCUGUGGUUGCAGAUUUUGUUAGAUCUCAUAUUUUCUGCAGGUUUGGCAUUCCCAAGGCCAUCAUCAGUGAUCAAGGAUCCCACUUCUGUAACAGAACGAUGCAAUCCAUGCUUCGAAAGUAUGGAGUUUUACAUAAAGUGGCGACGCCCUACCAUCCACAGACCAAUGGGCAGGCUGAGGUUUCAAACAGAGAGAUCAAGCAUAUUCUAGAGAAGACAGUCCAGCCCAACAGGAAAGACUGGAGCAAAAGGUUGGAAGAUGCACUUUGGGCCUACCGCACGGCC